GUGAGAAAAAAAAAAAAGAAGCAAAAGUGGAGCUAGGUUUUUAAACAAUUGUUGGAGUCUCCCGCUAGUGAAACCCAAAAUCCAUUGAUUUUCUUCAUCUAGGGUUUCAAGUUUGACGUGCUCUGUUGAUUCAGAGACACUAUGCACAUCAUACUGAAGACCAUUUGUAAUGGUGUCAAUUAAGGAAGGAACCACCUGAGAACGGUGAGGUGUCUAUAUUUGCGAUACCAUGUUAGGAUCACUGUUGUGAGGAUUUGCACAAGAAAAGAUGUUAUGAGUGAAACUCAUUGACAAAUUUUGGUUCGGUAAAAUGGAAGAUGAGAAUGGACUUGAGCUUAGCCUGGGUCUAUCUUGUGGUGGAUCCUCUGUCAAAUCAAAAGGUAAAAAUGGUGUCCCAUCAGAUACCAGGGCAGAGGAAGUUGAUAGGGGAAACACAUUAACGGAUGAUUUCAAAAAUUUCCUUCAUUCUGGCACCCAGAAACAGGACCCAAGCACUGGUUCCCAGAGAAGUGAUCCAGUGAAACCUCAGGAGAACUUCUUUAGCAACUUUCCAAAGGCUGCUGUUGAAGCAGAUGCUUCCAUGAACUUGAAUGGGAGAGGACUUUGGGCUGCAAACAAUAAUAGGUCUCCUGAAGUUGAGGAAGAAAAAAGGCCAGAGUUAGGUAAUAAACGUAAAAUGUUGUUUGAUGAGGUAAACCAUCAAAAGAAGCAUGACAGAGAGGUGCACCAUGCUGAUUUACACGAGAAGACAAAAACAUCACACAUUUCCAUAACAACUGAAGAUGGUUCAACUGCUGAAAAUGAAGAUGUUGCGGAGUCUGAAGUUGAUGUUUCAACCUCAAGGCUGGCUUCACACCCUGAUGAUGGCUCCAAACGAUUCGUUGGAGCUGGUGGCUCUUCUGAGGUCGCAAAGGAGGUUCAUGGGGUUACUGAUUCUAGUGCUGUAGACUUGCAAGGGCAAAAGAGGUUUAACUUUUCAUCAGAAAAUGAGUUCAAGCGGAACCUGGCCUAUUGUGUUCCUUUCCCAGUCCAAUCAGUAAAUAUCAAUGUGCCUUAUUCGUUACAUGCAAAGGAGUCCAACCCUGUAGGUGCACCCGGCACAUCAGGCUAUUCAUUACCAGGUAUGAUGCAGGUAAUGCCUCCUGCAAAUAAUGAGCGAGCAGGGAUCCAGCCUGUGAACACUGGAAACCUUCCACUGUUUGGCUAUUCACCUGUCCAGCUUCCAAUGUUGGAUAAGAACAACUCGUGGGGGGUGGCUUCUCAUUCUCAACAGUUCCACCCUCCCUACGCUGGCAAGGGUCCACCAAACUCUGAUAAACAUAAUGAUGGAUUGAAGAUAUCUCAAGCUGCAGUGCAAGCAAUUCCACAUAAUUCACCUGAAGCUUCACAUUAUGAUGGGAGGGCAUUAGAACUGACCAAAGGUGAUGGGAAACAGCAUCCCACAGAAGAGGGCUCCUCUUGUCAAACAGAAGAUGAUGUGAAGGGAAACAAUGUGAUCUUUAGGUCAAAGGAUGGCACUGAUCAAGCAAUAACAGAAGUUUUCUCCUAUGAAAGUUCAGCUAUAAGACCUGGCAUUGCUGCAGAUAUGAAAUUCGGGGGAUCUGGUUCCCACCCGAAUCUACCAUGGGUUUCCACAACAGGUUCAAAUGGUAAGACAAUUUCUGGUGUUACCUAUAGAUAUAGCAGAGACCAAAUCAGGAUUGUCUGUGCUUGUCAUGGGUCUCACAUGUCCCCCGAAGAGUUUGUUCAGCAUGCUAGUGAAGAGCAUGCCAAUCCAGAGACUGGCACUGGUUUAGCACCAUUUUCCAGUAGCAACCCUGCCACUUCAGCUCAAAGUUGAUUCCCUUGCAGCUAUGUUCAAUGAGACCAAUAAAUGUUGACCUAUCAUGCAAGGAAGAAAACCUGGUUAUCAUGCUAUGUUAUUUACACCAAUUGUGAGAUUUCUCGUCCCUUAUCUCAUUGGAGAUGCUAGGAUGUUAUCUUUGUAUCAGUUGUCUUAGCGGCACUUUCUGCAAUGAAUAUUGCAGGAGUACUUAGUAAUGUAUAAGCAUCCUAGCUUAAUAGUAAUGUUAAGUGCUUCACUGCUACCGAGCCAGAUGUAGAGGGCAAUGCAUGUUCUCUGUACAACUGAUAUAAUUUAAAGUUCUUUUCCAAAGUUCUA